UCUUAUCAUCAAUCAGGAAGUAAAAUAUUGACAAAUUGAGCAGACAUGUAAUACCUGUACAAAGAUAUUUACAUUAAUGGCCGACCAAGGAAGACAAAACAGAGGCAUGAUAUGUGACAAAUUCAUCACUACAGGGGACGAUACGAUACAAUCUGAUUAAUACUUUCUGCCAUUAUGAGUCAUAGUGAAGAUAUAGGGCAGCACUACAUUGAGUGUGCCAUAUGUACCAAUUACUCCAAAUUCUACUGCAACACCUGCCACCAUCGACUGUGUGAACAACACAAGGAGAGCCAUCUCAACGAAGCAGAAUACACAAAACAUGAAAUUGUUCUCUAUCAAGAGAGAAUACAAGAAUUACCGACAGAGAAAUGUCUGAUCCACCCCAAAAGAGAUCUAGAAAUUUACUGCAAUGAAUGCCAAUUCCCAGUCUGUUCCAAAUGCUUCAUCACCGAUCACAACGGACACGAAGUCUUUGACCUUGAAGUGGUCUACAAUGAAAGUCUAAAGCAAUGUCAGAAAGAGUUGAUCAAGUUACAAGACAUCAUCCUCCCUCAAUCUGAAGAAAAACUGAAGUCGUGGAGAGGCGGAGUGGAAACGGUUAAGGAAGAAAUAGCAAAGAUGAGGUUAUCCAUGAAGAAGAGCGCUGAUGAGAUCAAGGCUACAGUGGAUACCAUACUGGCUGAAAACAAUUCAGAACUGGAUAAAAUGGAGAUGUCAAUACUGGAUGACAUGUGCACUGAAGACAAGGAAGUAGAGCAAUAUAUUUCCCACAUAAAGGAACGAAUCAAGGUAUACGAGAGUGGAACAUCAUUAGGCAAACCAUCAGAAAUCUUUACAUUCAGAAAAGAAAUAACAAGCACUUCUUUGGUGGAAAGUCCUGACACAAAUGAACCUGUCCUACCUGCAUUUAUAGAAGGAACCAUCGCAAAGCAAGAAAUAGAAAAGCAAUUUGGUAAAAUCAUACAAUGUGACCCAAAAACACAAAACAAAGAAAAACAAAUUCUACAAACAUCACUUCCAUCACACCCCAGAAAGAUCAUAAAAAUAAAGGAAAUUCCAAUGCCAAAACUCAGGAAUGUUAUCCAUAUAUCCUUCUCACCAUCUGGAGAGGUCUGGGCCAGUGACGACCAUGGAAAUCUUGUCCAAUCUGAUCUACAGGGAAAUCUGCUACAGGUAAAAUCUAUCAAUAAGUCGCCUAUCACAGGAUGCCACACAGUCACUACAGAGGGAGAUCUACUCUACAUAUAUAGAGGCAAAAGAGCCAUUUACAAGGUCUCAAGAAACAAGACCACAACUUUGACCACCACAUGGACCUGGACACCAGAGGCCAUCUACUCCUCUCACAUGAAUGGAGACGUAUUGGUGGGAAUGUAUCAAGAUAAAGAUUGGAAAGUGACCAGAUACAACAAAGAAGGAGAGAAGACCCAGGACAUUCAAAAGGAUGAUAGAGGACAGGAUCUAUACCACAGCAUAGAGUACAUCACAGAGAACAGUAAUGGUGACAUCUGUGUAUCAGACUGGGCUGCUAACAAGGUAGUGGUGGUCACCAGAUCAGGAAAGCAUCGGUUCUCUUACUCUGGUGACCCAUCACAGUCUGGAUUCUCUCCCUCAGGAAUCUGUACAGAUGUCCUGGGACGUAUCUUAGUUUGUAAUGGCAGAAAUCUUUCAUCAUCAAUGUUCUCCAGUAUCCAUCUGUUGGACAAGAAUGGUCAGUUUCUGACUUUCCUACUCGCACCACAAAAUCCUCGUGAUGUCUGCAUUGAUGAUAAACAAAACCUGUGGGUUGGGUGUCAGGGCAAUCCCGUCGUCACGGUGUACAAGUAUCUCGAGGAAAUUGACAAAUAAAAGUGUGACGAUAACUUCAUGUAGAAAUGUUUCCUGUGUUCAUAAACCAAAGAUUAAUAUUUGACUUGACACUGUUCCUUAUCCAACAUUAUAACAAAUGCUUACUAUAUGACACCCUGCUGUUUUCAUACACAUGUACACAUUGUGUUUAUAUCAAAAACCUGCUGUUAUGAAGUUAA